AUGGAGAUAAAAUCAUCGUCGCGUUCUUUAGAGUCAUCUCCAGGGUUAUUUCAAAGCAACCCUAACAAAAUCAAGCGCGAUGAUAACAAAAACAAUAAGAUGAAGGGAACUAUCGUAGUAGAUACUCCUAGCUCGGGAAACACUAUGCUCGAUCUCAAACUAUCGAGCUUUAGCCCUAAGAGCGAGGCUAAUAGUGAAUUAUCCGAUGAAGAAGAGAAGUCUUCGACCAGGGUUUUCACGUGUAACUAUUGCAAAGGGAGAUUCUCAACCUCUCAAGCCCUGGGCGGGCAUCAAAAUGCUCAUAAGCAAGAGAGGGCCCGCGAUAAGAUGAGACAAGCCACGGGGUUCUCAUCAGCUUAUAAUAAUGUUGUUACGAACAAUAAUUUAUCGUACCAUCCUUAUUUAGGUAUGUACAAUAAUAUACCUUACAGUGGAUAUUGCAAAAGGUCACCCCUAGGGGUAGUCAAAACAAAUUCAAUGAUUCAUAAACCCGGUUAUCAAUGGUCGAUCCAUGGGUUUAGACACGGGUAUGGUGGCAUACGCCGGUCUAAUUAUGAUAAAUUGAGAAUGUCGAAUAAUAAUAAUGCGAAUUAUGCUUCAUUUUACAAUUUGAAUAAUCUUUCGAGAUCGUUGCCUGCCCUUGUUGGUGAUGGAGAUUCAGCUCAAGCCCUAAGUAAUACGAGCAUUUUUCCGAUCCUCGAGAGCGAUAAUUCCGGUAAAGGAGACCGUCAUCUCGCCGGUGAAAAAUUAGAUCAAGUCAAGUCUGAGAUUUCGUGCCUUGAUUUGUCCCUUAGGCUUUGA